AUGGUUAAGUGUGAUUUCCAACAACAGCUGGGGCAACCAAAGUUUCAAAAGUUGUAUGUUUGUUUAGGAGCUGCUAAGGAAGGCUUCAAAGCUGGGUGCAGGCCUAUUAUAGGUUUAGAUGGAUGCUUUUUGAAGAGUGUUUAUGCAGGGCAAUUGUUAACUGCUGUGGGUAUAGAUGCCAAUAAUGAAACCUGGGUAAUUGCUUAUGCAGUUGUGGAAUCAGAGUGCAAAGAAUCUUGGAUUUGGUUUAUGGAGCUAUUGGUUAAGGACUGUGAGAUUGUGAAUCAAUUUGGGUUCACCUUUAUAUCCGACAAACAAAAAGGUUUACUACCUGCUUUUGAGCAAGUGGUCCCUAAUUGUAACAACCAGUUCUGUGCAAGACACCUGUUUUCCAACUAUAGUCUGUUUUUCAAAGCAAAAAGCCUCAGAGACAAGUUUUGGGAAGCAUCAUAUGCAACCACUGUCCCCCACUUUACAAGGGCCAUAGAAGACCUGAAAAAACUGUCAAAUGAUGCAUAUGAAUGGCUAACCAGUCCUGAUAAACCUCCAAGGCAUUGGUCCAAGUCACACUUCAACACUCAUUUGAAGUGUGACAUGUUGUUGAAUAAUCUUUGCGAGUCUUUCAAUGCUACCAUAUUGGAAUGUAUGGAUAGACCAAUUCUGUCAAUGUUUGAGUAUAUUAGAUGUAAGUUAAUGAGGAGAAUACAAGGAAGAAGGGACAAAAUGCUGAAAUGGAACAAGCCUAUCUGCCCAAGGAUAUUUAAGAAGGUGGAGGGAAAUAAAGCCAAGGCAGGUGCUUGUGUGGCAAUGUGGUCAGGUAGAGCCAUAAAUUAUAAAGGGGGUCCUAAUGUCAUGGAUUUUGUGGAUGACUGCUAUUUGAAAACAACUUACUUGAAGACAUAUGAGAAUUUCAUACUGCCUAUGAAUGGGAUGGAUAUGUGGGAUAGGAGUAACUUUCCGCCAUGUCUUCCUCCUUCUUACUCUAAACAGCCUGGAAGGCCAAGAAAAUGUAGAAAUAAAGAACAUGAAGAGUACAAGGGCAAGAUGAAGAUGAGAGCAUCAAGCAACCAAUCUGAAACUACAUUGUCUCGCAUUCCCAACACACAUGACUCUCUCAAAUGUGGCCAAUGUGGUAAAAAAGGGCACAAUAAGAGGACUUGCCAUAGGAAUCUUCCCCCAAAAGCCAAACCUGCAACUAAGAGGAAGAGGGCUGGUGGUCCAAGCACCCUAAAGCAAAGAUCCAAGCCUCCAAUGCGUGUGCAAAAAGGGAAGCCAAGUAAGAAAGGACAUGCCACUUAUGCAGCACAACCAGCUUUCCCUUCAUGUCCUCAUGCAUCAACUUCUGUUUCAACUGCAGGAUCAAAUGUUGUGCAUUGA